AUCCGUUACAUCCAAAUACCUAAUAAAAAUGGUCGUCGCUGUUAAAGUAUUUAAGAAAACUACACCAAAUGGCAAAGUUACGGUUUACCUCGGCAAGCGGGACUUCAUUGAUCAUAUGGAUUACUGCGAUCCUGUCGAUGGAGUGGUGGUUGUUGACAACGAUUACCUGAAAGGAAGGAAGGUCUACUGUCAGCUCGUGACAACGUACCGCUAUGGUAGGGAGGAAGAUGAAGUGAUGGGAGUGAAGUUUUCCAAGGAAAUGGUGAUCGGUCAAGAACAAGUUGUGCCCAUGAUCAACUCGAAGAUGGAGCUUACUUCGGUCCAGGAGAAACUUAUUAAGAAGCUGGGCCCUAAUGCCUAUCCAUUCACCUUCAACUUCCCUGACAUGGCUCCUAGCUCGAUCACUCUGCAAGCUUCUGACGAAGAUCAGGGCAAGCCAAUGGGAGUGGAUUACUGCGUCCGAACCUAUGUGGCUGAGACCGAAGAUCAGAAGAGCCACAAGAGAAGCUCAGUGACUCUUGCUAUCAAGAAGCUGCAGCACGCUCCUGCUAAUCGCGGCCGCCGUCUUCCAAGCUCUCUCGUGAGCAAGGGCUUCACUUUCAGCAACGGAAAGAUCAAUCUGGAAGUGACCCUGGACAAGGAGAUUUACUACCAUGGCGAGAAGCUAGCGGCCAACGUCAUCGUGUCAAACAACUCCCGGAAGUCUGUUCGCAACAUCCGCUGCAUGGUCGUCCAGCAUGUUGAGAUAACGAUGAUCAACUCUCAGUUCAGCCGUCAUGUUGCUUCGCUGGAGAGCCGUGAAGGAUGCCCUAUCACCCCUGGGGCUAGUCUGUCAAAGACUUUCUAUCUGGUGCCAUUGGCGCGUACCAACAAGGACAUUCGUGGUGUGGCCUUGGACGGUCACCUGAAGGAAGAUGACGUUAACUUGGCGAGCUCGACCCUGGUGGCUGAUGGCAAGUGCCCGACUGAGGCCAUUGGUAUCGUGGUUUCCUACUCCGUGCGUGUGAAGCUGAACUGCGGGACCCUGGGUGGCGAGCUGGUCACUGAUGUGCCCUUCAAACUGCUGCAUCCCGCUGAAGGCUCUGUCGAACGCCAACGCUUCAAUGCGAUGAAGAAGAUGCAGAGUAUCGAGAGACACCGCUACGAGAACUCUCUCUACACCAAUGAGGAAGAGGACAACAUUGUCUUCGAAGACUUCGCUCGCCUCCGAAUGAACGAGCCGGAAUAAACACACUUUAAAAA